AUGUUGAACCUGCUUCUCGCGGUCCUGGGGGCCACAUUGCUGGUGGUGACCGUGACUGCCAGCUAUGUACUCCCCGUGGAUAACAUUGAUACGAUCAAGAUAUCGUUAUACAACUACGAUUUCGGAUUCCAGUCAAUGAAAUUCAAGCUCCCGUUUCCUAACAGUCCCUGGGGCGCAAACGAGACGGAGUACUUGCAAUUCAAGCUCGGCGUCGGGACAUGUCCAACCUGCUUCGACGUGGUCUGGGACGGGACCAGGCCGGAGCCUUACCCAAAGCACUUCUAUCACCCUUACACCCAGGACUCGUCGGGCGCCAUCCACGUCGCCGAGGUCACCAUCAGCGACUUCCCCCGAGACACCACAGUCGAAGACGACACCGGCGACCUCCACUUCGCCAUCAUCUCGGUGGACCACCAGCCGUUGGACAAGCCCCUCGCAUUCAUUGUGUCCUGGAACUUCCAGAAGCCGAAGCAGAGACUGGGGCGACUUGUGUACGCGCCGGCCCCUCAGAUCAUCAAGUUCGCCGAGUUCGACGCCUUUCCCACGUACCCGCCAGUGCCCCCGCUCAUGCCGAAUCGAACGUGCACGCAGGCCAAGGAGUUGCAGCUGCUCGAGCACGACGAGAAGACCCAGAACGCGACUUUCGCGGUGACUUGCGCGGGUUGUUUCAACUCCACCUACAAUGCGCCAGACUCCCUCACUUUCUCGCUCCAACCCCAACCACAACCUCAAACCAUUAAUCCCGAUGGUGACUUCACGUUCGUCCUCAACGGCGUCCCGGAGGCGAUCAUGUACAAGGGGGGUUAUUGCCACACGCGCGACGGCGGGUGUCGACUGCGCGUGCCCGCCCCGGACGCCUUGGGCGCCAUCCACACGGUCGAUUUCAUGCUCAGCUCCCGCCGCCAAGUGGUCCGCGGCGAGGACAGCGAGCUGGGCUACAUCAGCCCGUCGGACACAUUCACCGUGCACUUUUGGAUCAUCGCCCUGGACGGGAUGUCUCGACAGCCCCCCUUGGUGGCUGAGCAGGUCGCCUUCAGCGCCCAGUGGGACCUGCUGUACCGAGUCGACGGAGGGCGGAUCCCGCGCUGGGAGAGCCUCGCCAUGGACCCGACCCCCAUCCGGUUUCCGUGGCCGUGGCCGGCCAAGGGAGGUCGGCUGGGCAGACCAAAUCUCCCGGCCACAGGUGGUGGUGGUGGUGGUGGUGGUCGGACAGGCCCACGAGUUCCACUCACCUCUCCGCUCCUGGGCCCGAAUAUGGCUUCUCAGGGUGUAUUAGUGGUCGUAGGUUUCGUGAUGGGCGUGGCGACGUCAAGCUACUUGAGACGUGGUCUGUAG